AUGGCGGCGACGUCCUGCUGGGUCUCCGGUAUCCCCAACAAGGUCCGCCAUUUCUCUCCCUUUUAGUCUCCAGUUCAUGUCUGAACCAUCACAAGGAUUUGACCCAGAAAUUCCAAUUCCGAGAAGAUGGUAUCCCUCUUUCAACUUCGCUCCAUGUUUUCCAGCUCCUCCCGCCGAAUCCCAACCCUAGCCCUCGCUCUUCUGCCGCACUGGUGGCCGUCGUCAAGGGCAACUCGAGGGAGGCGGCUCCUUCUGCGAAGGCUACGGCAGGUCCCUCCUCCUCCUCCUCCUCUUCUUCCUCUUCCCAUUAUCCGGGAUUAUACAUUUCCUGUGGAUGAACGAGGAUUCUGCUCUCACCGGCGACGGUGUCUCAGAAUCUAUCAGGAGAAGGUCGAUUCUGCUUGGAGCGGGGGCACUGGCCCAUGGCCUUGUUCUUCCGAGCAUCGUCUUUGCUGAAGGUAAUCCCUCCCCUCUUCCUGCUGCGGCCGGAUCACUUCUCCUCGGAAAUGGGACUUCAGGAACUGUUCCUGCGAGGGAGAUAUGAUCCUCUUCCAGCGAUUCUGCAAUGUUCUCAACGACUGCGGUCUUAUCUGCGCAGAAGUGCCGGACAGGUACAAAGCCUUCGUCGAUCCUAUCGAUGGGUACUCGUACAUCUACCCUUCGGAUUGGAGGGUGGGUAUUCCUCCAUGAUUCUUUCUAGAACAAGCCGAGCUCUCGGACGAUAAAAAUGCUAUCUUUUUUGCCACUUAAAUUCCCGCAUAUCUGGGUCGAUCAGGACUUCGAAUUCACGGGCUGCGACUCAGCAUUCAAGGACCGGAAUGUCGCCUUGCAACACGUCAGAGUCAGCUUCGUGCCGACAGAAAAGAAGGAUGUCAACGAUCUGGGUCAGAUAGAGGAGGUAAUUAUUGUCCAUGAAUCUAACCAUACUAUUAUUACUGGUAUAAUAGUUACUGGCUCAUCAUGGUGAGAUCUAAGAGGCUUUGUGGGUUCUCUCUGCUGCGCUCCUCAUCCCAGGUCGUCCCCAGUUUGGUGAAGACCGUCUAUGCCGCGCCGACCCAGACGCCCACCAUUCUCGAUAUGCAGGAGGUCGGUGAAACUUAGAUAUAUAAUUCUGCCCAAGUUUCGGCCGCCGUUGACCUCUGACUCUUCGAAGUGUUGACCUAGUUUAGUCAACUUGUAUGCUCCUCUUUUUUGUUUUUUUAUUGCUGAUGAUCCUGCCUUACUCGGUACUAUUUUCCGUUGGCAUGAUUUGUGUAGAGAAAUAUCGAUGGAAAGAACUACUGGACCUUCGAGUACGUCCUCCAAUCCCCCACCUUUGGGCGCACCGCAUUCGCCACCAUAGCCAUCGGCAAUGGUACCCAUCUCUCUCUCUCUCUCUCUCUAUCGGCAAUGGUUCCAAAACCGUUGACCAGCGUUGACGGAGGCUCGAUAGAGUUCAUGAUUCUUGCCCAGAUUCUCUGAUGCAGAUACCGUUGACCAAUUUUGUGUAAUGAUGUCUAAAUUCUUGUGAAGGGAGAUACUACACGUUGGUGGUGGGAGCAAACGAGAGAAGAUGGACCCGGGUCCGGAACCAGCUCAGGGCUGUGGCGGACUCCUUCAGACUAGUGGACAUUUAG